CUGUUUUCACAGAUAAGUACAUAUGUUUAUAUAUACAGUUCUUCAGUUUUGUCAGCAUGUCAAUCGUCAUCGUGUUCACAAUUUUGGCCCAUGUAAAAUCGAAUAUUGUGAGAGUACAUGGCUCAGGGAGAGGUCUCCAUCCUUGUAAAAAAUCUCCUCUUGACGAGAUGUGGACAAUUUGCUCACAUACGCACUGAGUUGUCCCUCCUGAAUGAGUCUUGACUGUAGAGGCAACAGACUGGCCUAGCUCUUUGAAGAUCAAUCUGUAGAUCCCCAGGGACUGAUACGACUGUGCCAACCUAAAACUAUCCCACAGGAAUCCUGUCUGUGUACGACCGUCCAACAUUUCCUUCCUGGCAGUUCCAUCUCAGGUCCCUUUGAGGGGGGUAAGGAAACAAGGGCCUGACAAAGUCUCUUCUGAAGAUGAAACGGAUGAUCAGGGAGUGACACUUGAUAUUUUGAGAGUUGCCAAGUCAAUAUCUUCUAAACUGACAACAUCACGUGACUCAUGUGUGGAGUCAGGUGUUGAGUAUCACAGGGAGCAUCUACUACCACAUAAGUCUUUUGUAGCACAUUCCAGUAGCAACAUCAAUACAAUGGUUGGUUUACAACCUACAAGUGCUGAAGCUGCAAUGUCUGGUUCUGAGUUCACACUAGAAACAGGUUUAAGCAGAAAGGAUUCUUUGUCCUGCACAUCUGCAGGUGAACAGGAAGAUGGUGGCCAUGCCUCUCAGUCAUCACAAACUUCACCUCCUCAACCAAAGUCAGCAGCCAAAAGCAAUUUAUCUAUCAAGCAGAAGAAUACAAAAUCCGGGAAAAAGGCUUAUGUUUCUAAAGCCCUUGUGUUGUCUGGGUCAGAAGAUGGUCAAGCUAUCUCUGUGAAACCAUCAACAAGGUCAUCACCCGUGACUUCCUCGCCACCAUCACCCCUGGAAAUUCAAAGUGAAAAGACUGAUAAUCUACAAAUGAUCACCUGCUUUGAGUCCAUGAGUUCAGAAAAUGGGAAUGCUGCGAUGUUUGUUAACUCUGAUCCAAGGAUUCAUGAGUUAGAUGGUGAUGUCUGUAACUACAGACUCUGGCUUAUCAAGAUGCCAGCUGAGAUGCCUCUGUUGGCGCUUCCAAAACACAUCACACUGGAUGGUAUUCAAGAUUUUGCUGUGGAGAAGAAAAGAUACGAGCUGCGAUCCUUUGAUGAUGAUAAUCUUGAGCAUGACCAUGUCUCCUUGGUGCAGCAAGACGUGAAUCACUUGACAGAAGGACCAAAGUUCCAGGGACAAAUACACAUCCUGAAGAAACCAAGGGAUGUACUGAAGGCUGUCACAGCAGCCAAGAUCCCCCACAAUACUGUGCCCUUCCCAUCAGGACUCAAAAUCAGAUUCAAGCCGUUUGGAGCAGAUGAGCCUCAAGCCAAGGAACCAAAGACAUCAAAGAGGAACAUUCAGAAGGGCAAUGAUGACUUGUUCAUGGAAGAAGGUGUGUCACAGAGAAAGAAGAGAGGUUCAGCAGAUGUUGGAACCCCUCCUAAAAAGAAGAAGAAGAAGAAGAAUAAGAGACACUAGUAUAAUCUGCUGAAUUAUGAUUGUAGCUAUAAAAUGUUCAACAAGAA